CGCUUAAAUUUCAACGCAGGUGGACAAAAUCUAAGGCAGAUGAGUCCUAUCUUUUAUUCCACUGAGUACCUGAAUUAUGCCUACAGAUGUCGUACGACAAGCUAUCAUCUCUAGCCUCUUUCCAACAGAUGCCGGAGAGAAUCUGCUUAUCCAUCUAAAAGUAUUUGAAGAUGUGAAGCAAACGGUUCAAGCAGAGGAUGAUGGCAACGCCAAGGCUCCAAAUAUCAUGGGAAAACCUCGAUAUCUAUGCUUAACACAAAAACGGAACAGAUUUCGGCUGUACAAAGUCAAGCGUAACCAAACAGGAACUUUUAGCGCUGUAAAAAGUUGGUUAUUGGAUGAUAUCAAGCAAAUUGAAAUCAUCGAUGCAAAUCAAUUUGCGAUGACCCUGAAUAAAUAUUAUCUUUGGGCAGUGGAAAAGCCCAAGGACAAAAACAUAUUCCUGGCUUAUUUAAUCCAGACAGCACGACGCGUCCUUACGAAGGUACCGAAGCUGGUGAAUAUUGAUGAAAAUUAUCUUUUGAGAUUUCUUCACACCAGUCCCAAUGCUGGGUCGUCUAGUCCGGCCACCGCAUCUUCUCCAUCAUCUGCACCGCGCUCUGAAGAUAUUCGUUCAUAUUCAGCAAUCUCAUCAAGCGGCUCGCAAAAUCAUCUACAGUCCCCAGUGGAAAGUGUGAAUCGAGAAGGAUCGGUGCAUGAAAACAACAUCCCUCGAUCGGGAUCCUUUGCAGAUAACUUGUUACCAAGAAAUUCUCCUGCUGUAUCCUCUGAUAUCCAGCCAUCUCCUAGCGAACGAAGUCGCUCGGACAUAUCCCAUUUAUCAAGCAACCAUGAUACCCCAACUCCUACCAAAGAAAUAGAGAGAAAAGAGCAGGAGCGAUUAAGAGACGCCAAACGAGAACGAGAGAAGCGAGAUAAAAAGGUUCAAGAAGAGAAAGCGCAACAAAAGAAAGCAAUUGAGAUGCAAGAUAAACUCGCUGAGCAAGCCUCCUUGAUGAACGUUGAAGAGUUGUUGACCGACUUUAACUGGAAAACAAGCGGAAAUGCAGCUGCUUUAGAAAAGCGCUUGUUAGGCGAAUUGCAUGCAUUGGAAGCAGCCAAUGUUCACGCUAUCAUCCAAUCAGACGAAAGAGUGCGCUCUGUAAUAGAACAUAUCGACGUUGCAUUGGAAGAACUAGAUACUAUGGAUCGCUGGCUUUUGUUAUAUAGCACAGAACUCAAUAGCAUGGGCGAUGAUAUUCGUAAAAUUGAAUCUCAGAAUAGAGGUUUACAGAUUCUGACAGCAAACCAGCACGAUCUCAUUGAGGAACUCGAUAAGCUUUUGAGCGCCAUUACUAUUCCAAAAUCGUGUCUAGAGAGCUUGAAAUACGAUUCUAUGGAUACUGCAGAAGACGUGGAGAAGAUACAGCAGUCCGCAGAAAGUUUGCGUAGAGUGUUAAAAAUCAAACUGGAUGCUGGAAUGCAAGAUAUGACCGCCGUACAAGAGAGAUUAGCGAUGUAUAUUGUUCACAGCAACAAUUUCAGUUCAAGGAUCUAUGAUUUCUUAAGAGCUCAGUUUGAUCAGCAGGCUCAUAUUGCUAAAGAGAUGAAAGCACGCGCGUCUCCAACUUCAACGCGCAAAGGUGGAAAUUUGACGGUUCAGCCACAUGAUACAGUCGUGGAUGCCCUCAUCAAAUAUCAAGGAUUCAACCUUUGGGAAAAAGAGAUGGAACCGCGAAUGUACAAUGAACUGCAAAGAGUAUGGCCGUGGAGAGUUUGGGUUACGUUGGAUAAGUUUAUUAAUUGUAUUCUACAGCACUAUGCACAGUCCAUGGCUCCUGUCUACGAAAUGGACAUCAGAGAAUUGAUCGAUGCGACACGAGUAUAUUAUACGACAUUACGAAAUCGAGGCCUUGAAGAACUGGAAUACAUCUUUAGAUCAGAGGAUUAUAGAACUGCACGUGCUCUGGCGCCAUAUGCCGCUAAAUUAAGUGGAGACGAUAAUCGGACGCAUCGUUACCGUCAUAUGCUGCGGGGUUCCAUGGAAGGUGUGAUGGGUGGAAGCGGAAACAGUAGCCGCAAUAGUAUCGAUGAAGACGAAAAAGCAGCUGAUGAGGCGUUUGCUCAAUUAAUGUCACAAAGUAUCAUGUUAGUCACUCGUGAGCAAAAUUUUAUGAGCGAUUUAUUCCAACUCUCGCUCGGUGCACCAUCAUCUUUCCUCGAACGAGGACCUGUGAUCCCGAAAAUUUGGAACAAAUCCGAUUUGUACCUUCGAAGAGAUAAAAACAGGGACGUAAAGGUGUCCAAAAAAAUCUUAAAUUGGAUAGAGAUAAUAUUCGAGACGCUGGAACCAAGCUUGGUCAGUUUGUUGGAAUAUGGAGUUAAAAGCGACCCUACUCAAUCCGUCAGUAUGCUGGCAGCGGCAGAAUUCCAGCAUGAGAAAUGGGAAGAUUCAGACCAAGUCUUCGUUUCCCGUUUAUGCACCUCACUUAUGCAACGAUUGGCACGCACGUUUGGUCGAUUCAUUAGCGAACAACUCAAAAUAAUUGAAGAAACAAAGGUCAGCUCGAAAAAACGCAAAGGCAUUCUUCCGUUCUUCCGUACAUUUCCUAUAUUUGCUCUCAGAUUGGAAGCCGCAGCUGCGAAUGUGGAUCCCGAAUCCGAGACUAGAAAGACGGUGAAUGACGCGUAUGAGAAGAUUAUCAAUGGCAUGAUGGCAAGCCUCGAUAGCAUCGCCAAAGAAAGCGAUCAAACUGGUGAUGAUAAGGAGCAACUGAACGCCAAUAUAAUGUAUAUAGAAAAUAUGCAUCACUUUUACCAUGAAUUACGAGCAAAUAAGCUCCACGUUUUGGAUAAAUGGACCAAAAUUGCAAAGUCGCAAUACGACAGCAGUCUCAAUGCUUACAUCAAAGUCAUCAUCCGCCGUCCUUUGGGUAAACUCCUGGAAUUUUUCGAAGGCGUGGAAGCUAUGAUGCGCACAAGUACUCCAGAAGAAGUAUCUUUCCAUAUCAACUACAACAAGGCUCAGCUGCGAAGAGUAAUUGCCAUGUAUCCUGCGAAAGAGAUUAAAAAAUCGUUGGAGCAACUUUACAAGCGCGUCGAUAAACACUUUUCAGAAGAAGAAGGUUUAUUACAAGUGGUGUGGCGUGGCAUCCAAGAGGAAUUUCUUCGUCAACAUGAAAAAAUGGAGGAAUUGAUUCAGAGAUGCUACCCCGAUGCUGGUAUCCACUUGGAGUUUACAGUACAAGAUCUUUUGGCGAUGAUGAGCGAACUUGCACGGAAAGUUAAUGUGUAAAGCAAUCGAUCCCAUGCCAGUUAUGAUACCUAUCUGCGAUGAAAUCAGAGGAAUAAAAUUUUUAAUUGCAG